AUGCAAGAAGAAAUUGAUGCCCUGGUCACCAACCGCACGCAGGAGCUCGUCCCGCAUCCUUGCCAUACCAAUGUUGUGACGGGCAAAUGGGUGUUCAGGCAUAAGUUUCGAGUUGACAGCACACUUGAAAGAUACAAGGCUCGACGGGUGCACGGUGCUGCCACGACGUAUCUUCUUUUGUACAUUGAAGAUAUCAUCUUGAUGGUCUCUUCCGAUGCAUUUCUUCUCAACAUCGUCGAGCGUCUACGCGUCGCCCUCGCCUUCAAGGAUCUCAACCCCGUCCACUGCUUCCUCGGCAUACAAGUGACUCAAACUUCCUCGGGCUCCUUCUUGUCACAAGUAUUUACCGAAGAGCUUCUAGAAUGUGCUGGCAUGUCCCAAUGCAAGCCGGCACCAACGCCCAUCGACACUGCUCCAAAACUUGCAGCUGCUUAUGGCGAACCUGUUUUUGAUCCUGCUGAAUAUCGCAGUUUGGCAGGCGGCCUCUGGUACCUCACCAUGACUCGACCUUACUUGGCCUAUGCCGUGCAGCAGUUUGACCUCACGCUCCAUGCAUCUCCUUCCAUCGACGUCUACGCCUACUCGGAUACCGAUUGGACGGGAUGCCCCGACACAAGGCGUUCAACCUCUGGGUUCUGUGAGUACUUGGGCGAUUCGCUCGUCUCAUGCAUUGACAAGGCAACAAUCGUGUAUUAUGACAACAUUUCAAUAGUUUACAUGGCGUCCAAUCCAGUGUAUCACAAGCGCACAAUGCACAUUGAGUUGGAUAUACAUUUUGUCAGGGAGAAAGUGUCUCUUGGUCGGUUCAAGAUACAAAAGGUUUGUCCACCUACUGAUCAACAAUUUGCUAACGUGAUGAAGAAAGGUUUGUCCACCAAAACCUCGUAG